AUGUAUACUGAUGAAACUGUUCAACAUUGUAAAUUAACCAAUCUAUAUAUUAAUAGUAAAGAAAACAUUCAUAAAUCCAUGAGUAAACCAGAUUGGAAAGAAUCAAAUACAAAUUCUUCUAAAAAACAACGAUCUAAUGAAAAUGGUGAAAUAGAUGAUAAAAUUAACCGAAAUGAACAUAUGGACUGGAAUGAUUAUCACCGCUUGAAUGUAAUUCACUCAUUUUUGGAUGAACUAGAAUACAACUAUCCAUCCUUAUGCACCGUGGGAGUUAUUGGGUCUUCUAUAGAAGGCAGAAAGUUAAAGGUUCUCAAGGUUUCGAACAGUAAUGCGAGCAACUCCGCAGUAUGGAUAGACGCGGGUAUCCACGCGCGAGAAUGGAUCGCUCCCGCCGUAGCCACGUACAUACUUGACCAUAUUGUACGGAACUUCGACUCAUUGCCAAACAGUAUCACUAACAAGGACUGGUAUUUCCAUCCGGUCGUUAAUCCGGACGGCUAUGAAUAUUCACAUACUGUUGACCGUAUGUGGCGCAAAAAUAGAGCCUGGUAUAGAGGGCAGUGCGUUGGAGUGGACUUGAACAGAAACUUUAGCUAUGGGUGGGGAGGCAAAGGAUCAUCGGACAACCCAGUAAAUGCUUUCUACAGAGGUCCCAAAGCGUUUUCAGAGCCUGAAUCAUGCGCUAUGAGGGAUAUUCUCGUUUCCAGUAUCCCAUUCAAAGUGUACAUCACGCUGCACAGCUACGGCCAAGUCAUUUUAUUUCCUUACGCCUACAGGGAUGAACUAUGUCCUGAUUAUGUGCGGUUACUUGAAGGUGCAACGAUUAUGUCUAAGGCUAUUCAUGAAACCAGUGGCAAUACUUACAAAGUAGGAAUUUCAAGGGACGUAAUGUAUGGAGCCGCUGGUACAAGCAACGAUUUUAGCCACGGCCAAGUUGGAAUACCUUUCUGUUAUCUUAUAGAGUUGAGAAGUAAAAAACACAAAUUUAAACUACCCAAAGAAGAGAUAGAAAAAACUGGUGCUGAAAUAUUGAAUUGUGUGAAAGCACUUAUGGAAUUUGUGGAUAAGAGUGCAAAAGCUGAAAAAAUU